GAGGAUAGAGCUGAGGGCUUCAUUGUCCUGUAUAAACUUUCUGUGCUGAGAGAUUAGAUUUGCAAUUGAAAUUAUUUGCAAAUUAAUUAUAUAUUUUAGUCUCUUAGUUUCAUGGUUUCUUUUCAGCCCUGACUUCCUUAGGAAAUACUUUGCAGCUGGGAUUAAACACUUUUGUUAAACUGCCCAUUAGCUAUAGCAGCCGGUUCUGCAAAUCUAAUUUGCCUAUUGCGAUUAUACUUUGUUAACUGGAGAGCUACUUCUGGCUAUAGAAAGGAAGCAUUGAAGACUGAUAGUGAUGAACAGGUAGCCCGGACAUAGUGUCAGAGGGCCCCGGACUAGACAUGCUGCUGGAGUGCAAUGCUACGUUUAACCUGCAGGAAGAUGUUGUGCCCUGGAUCUUACAGCAAUCAGCUCCAGAUAACCUAGAGAGAAUUUCAAAGACAAUACAAAUACUUAAUGUGGAGCGGAAUGGAAGGAUUAUUUUUACUUGGAAGGAAGCAGGGGAUUUCACUGGGAUUGGCUUGUAUGAUCUUAAGGCACCACAGUGCGAGCUGCUAUAUUCCUUUGAUCGAGACCUCCAUAUUAUCAGUUGUUCUGUGAACAAUGAAAAAACAUUACUUGGGGGAUUGUGCCUGCUUUAUGUACAGCCUUUCACAGUGGCCCAGGAAGUGAGUUACAUGGUUGAAUUUAUACAUAAAGGUUAUUGUAAAACUUUUAAAGUUUCAACUACUGCAAAAGACUUCAGCCAACUCAAAGUUUCUUUUAUAGAUCUUGAUGGGUAUGUUGCCAUUUAUUUGCCCAAUUACUUUUUGCACUUGAUUGAUACGAGUCAUCCAGACUUGACGUGUUGCCAUUUUUUCCUGGAAGGUGACGAUGCCAGGAUCCGCGGCCUCUGCUCUGACUAUUGUAUAGGGUCUACAUCAAAAGCCUCUGUAAUACAGCAUCAUACUGGAAUAUUGUACUCUGUGCAAAUACACCAUUUGCUUCUGCUAAAGGUCUUAUGGAGCUCUAGGGAGGAUAGUCAGAGGCUGGCCGCGCUUCACUGUGCUCUUCUGCAUAUGGAUCAGCCAUCUCACUGGGACACACAGAUAAUUGAAUGGAUCUGUGAAAAUCUUUCAACAUGCCAUAGCUUUGAUCCCAUGCAGGAAUUUAUUGUAGCCUACUUAUAUAGGAAGCUGAGCUUGGACACCUAUUAUCUGGACAAGAUUCUGCCAUAUACAUCCGUGCCUUUUUGGAAUGAGGUUAUUGAAGGGGUGUCAUGUUCAAUAGACAUAAUCGAUAUGCCAAUACUAAAGAUGGGAACCUUCAAAGGAUUCUGGGAAAAAUUCCACUCUGAACUGGAAUACAUGAAGCAUACGCAACAGCGAUUCCUCUACAAUAAUCAUGUGCCAAGAAAAAACUGGUACAAGCUGAUCUCAGAAGUGGACACAGAAAAAAGAAAUCUAAUUUAUCGGCGCAGCGUUCUGGAAAAUGCCAAAAAGGUCAUCUUAAACAUGGAUAGACGGAAAUCUGAUGAGAAAUGUGUCCCCCUGUAUCAGGAAGAGGACUUCCUUCAAAAAGAUCUCAUGGGUUUGGUCAUGCUGAAGUUAAAAGAUCACCUCUCUUUACAUCUGCCUCAUGUUGGGAAGAACAAAAUUGAUAAGAUUGUUUUGGACUAUGUUUCAAAGCAGAUGGACUUAAUUUGCCUCAUAUUGGAGGUUGUGUGGAAGAAGUAUAAUAUAGAGAGAGGGGCAUUUUGUUUUACCGGGAAAGGAACUCCACCUGAGUACUUUGCCUUUCAUGUCAUGUGUCGCAUUUCAGAAGUCACGAGCAAACUGUGCAUGCUGUUACCCCCUGGUUUUCACACUCUGCACCUUGUCUUGGGCGUUCGGUGCCUGCCUUUAGCAAACUUACUUCACUUUAUAGACUCGGGUGUGCUACAACUGUCAGAGACGUUUGUUGUCAAACUUCUAAAAGAACUGGAUGACAGUGAGAACAAUGAAAAACUUAAGUGCAGUAUAAUCUUAAGGCUUCCGGAGACAAUUUGUUCAAAAUUCCAUCAUUUGUGGGACCACGCCAUCAGCAAUAAUCUCAUCGCAAUGAACUACGUUAAGCGAUCUCUGACCAAGUUUAAGAAAAGAGAGCAGCUUACAAGGCAGACGGUGACUGAUCCAUCAUCAUUGUACAUUGACUUCUUGCCACUCAAUUACUUAAUUAAGAUGCUUUCAGAAGUGGAGGAUCAAGCUUUAAACCCUUUUGAAGAAGAUAACAUAGAUGCCGCAUAUCUAGAAGAGAUCGCCUUGAAACAAACUACACAGCUGCUUGGCUUACAAAGGAAAUAGACACACAAUAACGUUUUCUUUCUAUCAGAAGCCAUCCUGCAUAUACAUCCUGCACAUACUUUUGAAAGAAAAGGGAACAGGGCUAAUAUAAAUGGUAUUGUACAGUAUGUGAAUAUAGUAAUUCUAUUUUAUUCGCAUUCAGUGCAUUAAAAGGACAUUAUAGUGCACAGGCGAUGAUUUGUUAGGACAUGUCAUUUUAGCUAUAGUAACUCUACUUUGUAUUUUUAACCUCUGCACGGGUUUAAACACAUAGUUAAAGUACCACUCAAGAGUUGCAGACAACUGCUGGUCGACCCAGCUGCACAAUUGCCUCUGCUGAUUGGCUCAGCAGCUGUAUUCACUAAUGCUCAACAGUUCUCUGUGGCUCCUGAGAGGUACUUAAGCUAUGUAUUUAACCACUUUGCAGAGGUUAAAUACAUAGCAUUGCAGGGUCACUAGUGCUAAAAUUACAUGCUAAAAUUAGCGCAUGCAGUUUGCACUUUUAUGUCCCUUUUAAAUAUGUUAUAUAGUCUAUUGUAAUUCCACAAACAGCAUCAAAUGAAUGUGGAAAUUCUAACAUCUAUGAUUCAUGCUAAUAAUUUAUUAUAUCUAACAAUGUAGCUCUAAAUGUAAAGGUACAAGUAAAAAAAAAAAAUGCUAAAACUGAAAUGAAUAAUUAUUGUAAACUGACAUUUGUAAAUAAUUAUGGCUUGUUCAUGCAACUAAAUUCUAGUAUCAGUAUUUCUUUCUGCAAAAAUUCUCAAUUCAAUAUUUCACAUAUUUUUGGAUAUAAAUUAAGUUCCAGAAAUCUGUGCAAUAGUUGGAUGUUCGAGUUGAUAAAGCACUGGCGUGUUUAACCUCUUCAUUGCCAUGCAACACAGCCGAGGGGUUUAACAGUUCUUAAAAUGAAUACAGGGCAUACAUCUGUAUUUAUUCAUAACAAGUAGGCAUUGAUCUAUAUUUAUUCAUUUGUUUUUAAUAAUAAUGACAUAAAACAUUAAAUAUUUCACACUUUAUUUCAUAUUUAAUGGCAAUAAUUUAAACAAACACUUUAAGAAAUACUUUUAUUAUAGACUUCUUGUGAAAAUAUUACAUUCUUCAUUAACUUGACACAUGCAACUGGUCGGAAUAAAUGAAGGUUUUCUUGCUGUACUUAGAGGCAUGUCGCCCUCCACCAGUAAAUCAGAGGCAGUUGACCUUCUCAGCCAAUGAGAGACCAGGGGGGGGGGAAUAUUCAAUAGCUGCUCUUCCAUAACAUGAAAGAAUAAUUGUAAGUACAGUGUCCCUUAUGUUUUUGUGCAAGGCUGUGGCUGGCGGAGCCCAUCGUGUCCAUACAUAUUCUUCAUUUUCUCUCUGCAUCUCUUAAAAUCCAUCACAAUGGUCAUUAAUUAAGUAAUAAUAUAAGCAUGAUUUGGCUGCAGUCUUAGAUUUCAAUAGGUUUUAUAGUUGGCUUCCGUAUGUGCCGCAUGUUUGAGCCAGGCUCGCUCGGUUUGAACGGUGCUAGACCUCCGUAGGGCCGCGGUAGAGGAAGGGCAUUUUCAUUCUCAGGGAUGUACGCGUUGGGGCGCUGUUCAGCUGUGGUGAACACACCACUUGACAAUGUGCGUUGCUGUUCCACUUCUGCAAUCUAUAAGGGAUCAAUAUGCAGAAUCUUUAGUCUUUUGAUGUUUAUAAUACUAUGAGACUGUAUAUACUGACAUAUCUGCAGCAAUAUGUUGCUUUUGUCUCUGGACUGACAUUGCAUUAUGUUAAGUUUGUAACCAUGUGCAAUAUUUCGGAUUUCUUUCUGUAUCUGGCAUUCGCUUAGUUCCCACACUGGCUACAAAUGUGCAGCAGAAAAUAUAUUUUUUUCACAGAUAUUUUAUGCUGCACUUUUGUUCUAAUAUAUCUGGUGUUGGAUCUACUGAUUUGUUGGAAAAAGAGAGCGAUUUUGUUAUUUGAUUGCAAAAUAAAUAAUAAAAUCCAAAAUAUUGCACCUGUCUAAUAGAUUGUAAAACUGUUGCACUAUAUUCAUUAGAGAUUUCUUUCCACUAAGAGAAAAUGCCUAAGCUGUGUUUUUCUAUGUAGCAUUUACUUCCACACUUGAGUAUAGGCUCUGUAUAGAAUGACAUCAGAGUUGGAGUUUAUUUUCUCAAUAGAGGGAAAGUUCUCAGCUCAGUGAAAAUAGCCUAUAGUGUAAUGGUCUCGGUGUAUGUAAAUAUCAGUUUGUGUAAAUGUCAUCUUGUGACUUUAUUAAUGUUCAUAAACUGUUCUGAUCUUUUAUAAAACUUUAUAAAUCAAAUUACUGUAUUUAAAUAAUGAAUAUGUGAAAAAAUAUUGUGUUUAAACUUGUAAACAAUAACAUUUGAUAUGAAUAUUUUGAUGUAAUAAAUACUUAAGCUCAUGGAA